GCUGAUCAGGUUGCUUAGCAACGCGCUGUCAAAACACAAGCACAUGCAGCAGCAACAGCAGCAAGUAUGUUAAAGGCUCAUUCCAUUGAGUAAUUCAAUGAACCAUGUGGCAAUCAAGUAAUAUGUGUACCGACAAUUUCUAAAAUAGUGAAAGUGCUAAAUUAUAUUCGCAAGGAUGUCAUACCGUGACUUAAGAAGUUUUACGGAAAUGAUGAGAGCAUUAGGUUACAGUCGUCUUAUAUCAAUGGAGAAUUUUCGCAAUCCUAACUUUCCUCUUGUAGCUGAGAUAUUGGUGUGGUUGGUUCAACGAUUUGAUCCAGAUGCUGAUAUGCCCUCCGAAUUCGGAACUGAAAUGGACAGAGUGCUCCUUAUACGAUCUGUUGCGCAAUUCAUGGCAGUGAAAGCUAAUGUGAAAAUGAACACUAAACGACUGUAUCAGGCAGACGGUUAUGCUGUACGUGAAAUGCUGAAGGCAACAUCUUUAUUAUACUCUACGCUUCUUAGCAAUGAUUCACAGCAGCAGGAUAGUGAGGAACGUGCAAUGUCAGCUAAAGCAGCUGCGAGCACUAUUAGUAGCAAGAUGCAUGAGUUGAAACAAGUGCGAAAUCUAGUUUCACAAAUAACCAGCAAGGGUGCCAAACUGUAUGACUUACUUGGGAAAGAGGUUGACUUAGGGGAGGUGCGUAGCUCCAGUGUUGGGCGACAAAUUGAAAUAAAUAAUGUUGAGGGUGGAUUGCAUCAAGCUAUUGAAUUUGUGCGUCAUGAAAUAGCUGAUACUAAAAUGAAAAUGGAAAAUGUAUCUGCUACUGAAAGUAGUAUGGACAAUAAAAUUGAAAAGAGGAAAAUGGAACUUGAGCGAAAUCAGAAACGUCUUCAAACUUUGAAGAAAGUUCGACCAGCGUUUAUGGAAGAAUUUGAAAGACUGGAGACAGAGCUGAGACAGUUGUAUGAAUCUUAUGUGCUGAGGUUCCGAUGUAUGACAUACUUAGAACAGCAAUAUGAAGCAGCUGAGCAAGCUGAACAAGAAAGAAUGGAAGAGAGACAGGCUGCUACUAAAAAAUUGUUAGAGCAACUUAAACUGGACGAUGGAUCACUUAAACUCAUUGAAGGCUCCGGUGAUUUAUUCACCAACCAAAAAGUAGUUCCUGCUGAUGAUGGAAUUAUUACUCAAAACGGGGAUGACAUUUCCAAAUUUGCUGUUUCAAAAAGGCCUAGCCAAGCUGAUCGAAAUGGAGUACGUACCGGAGGUGCUCGGCCAGUAACAGGACGAAGAAAUGGGACUAGAGUGUUUGGAAGCAUGACAGGGGGUAAACUGGAUGGAGACAGUGGAAGUCUUGAUUCUGAUAGUGAUCUCCUUUUAGAUGGAUCAGAGCUUUUAGGCAGUGAAGACGAUGAUGACAAUGAUGAAUUAGAAAUGGAUCCAGCUGCAACAGCUGAUGGGGGCAUCAGAGCACGAACUGGACAUGCAAGGAAACCACCUGACCGUCAUUAUGAUCAUAGUGAUGAUGAUUUUUAAGAAAUUGCACAAAUUUAUUGCUGUAUAUGUGUUAGGAAUUUUUUUAACUUUCUGAUUUGUAAGACAAUACCUGAUUGCAAACAAUGUCUUACAUCAGUCAAUAUUAAAGGUCAUAAGGUAGUUUUCAAAGUUCUGAAGGGAUGUCUGUGAUGAGUGGGGAAUCUGUGAUAGUUGUUUUUUUCACUCUUGGCUGAAGUGUGUGGUUUAUAGUUAUAGUGUAUUUGUGCAGAGCUACCAGCUCUAAUUCUUGAAACAAAUCUAGUUUUCAUAUUAAUGUUUUUACUGUAAUUGAUCCUGAGGGUAAAGUGCUACCAAUUAAAUACAAAAUAGUGAUUUAUUACAAAUUUUCUUUACAGAGUAUGUUACAAAUUGUACAUACAUCAGUAUAGCCACUUUUAAUUGAUUCAGAUGUGUAUAAUCUUAUGUGUAACAGGGCAUACAUGCCAAGAACUGUUUGUUUUUUACUCACAAUUGUUAUUACAUUAAAGCAAUGACUGUAUGGAAA